AUGGAGACUCUCCAGAAGGAGAACGAGAAGCUCCGCGCAGACCUGGCCAGUCUACGUGAGCCUGCCUCUCGCGCGGCGCCCCAGACGCAGCGCCCAAGCCAGCCCGUGCCGGUGGAGAACCAGGUUCUGAACCUGGUCCGGCAGGAGCUGGCUGCCUUCCAGCACCGGUUCUCCGUGCUGGAGGGCAUCGUCCUGCGCCCCCCCCUAGGGGCAAACAAGACGGCGGCGAGGCCGGCAACGGUCUCGUACGCGGCGGCCACAGCUGCCGCAUCCAGGCCGGGGCCGUCCAGCCAGCCUUCGGGCGGGGCUGCAGUUGCCCCUCCUCCCCCUGAAAAGCCGGCUCCGGCAAAACCGGUACCGGCUGAACCGGCUCCGGCUAAGCCGGCAACGGGAAAGAGAGGCAAGGCGAAGACAAAAAAGGGCAAAGCGGCAGCACAGGUGGUGGCUGCGCCAGCCCCAGUGCCUGCGGCGAAUGUGCCAGCGCCAGCGGCAAGCCAGCUGCCGCCGCCGCCACCGCCCCCGCAGCUCCCUACACCUCCCACGGCUGAAGCCGGUUGGCAGGUGGUCGGGGACAAAAAUAAGGGGAAGAAGGCAGCCAAAAAGGCCAAAGAGCAGGAGCGGCAGCGCCAGUUCAGGGCGCGCAAGAUGGCGGCUAGGCUCCGCGCCCCGAAGACCGCAGCUGUAGUGAUUACACUACAGCCGGACGCGGAAAAGAAGGGCGUUACCUACCGCGAUCUGCUCGCGAAGGCGAAAGAGGCGGUGGAUCUCGGGGAGCUCGGGAUCACCGGGGGCCUCCGGCUCAAAGUCACCCAGACGGGGGCCCGUAUGCUGGAGAUCCCCGGGGAAUCCAGUGGCGCGACCGCGGACGCUCUGGCUGCGAAGCUCAGAGCGUCCCUGGACGCGGACGAGGCCCGAGUGUCCAGGCCCGUCAGAUGCGCAGACCUGCGCAUCAUGGGUCUGGACGACUCGGUAUCGGAGAAGGAGUUAGUGGCCGCCAUCGCCAGGUCCGGGGGGUGCACUACUGACCAGGUCAGGUCAGGCGCCAUACGCCCGGACCAACAGGGUAUGCAUGCCGCCACGGUGUGCUGCCCUGUUACGGCGGCCAAAACCAUAGUGGAGGGCCGAAGGCUUCUGGUGGGCUGGGUCUCAGCGCAGGUUAAGCUGCUGGAGCCCAGACCUCUGAGGUGCUACCGCUGUCUCGUGGGGCACCACGUAUCUGUGAAAUGCGCCUCGGAGGUUGACCGCAGUGGCCUUUGCUUCCGCUGCUGUCAGCCCGGACACAUAUCGGCGACCUGCUGCGCCACGCCGCACUGUGAUGCAUGUGCGGCGACCGGCAAGCCAGCCGAUCACCGGGCCGGAAGCAAGGCCUGCGUGCCACCCGCCAAGGCCAAGGCCGCGGGUAGGGGAGGGCCCUCCGCCGCCACCGUCUCUGUGGCCACCGCCGCAGUCGCGACUGCCGCCGCCGCCGCCGCCGCUGUCAUUAUCGCUGCCGCCGCCGCCGCGACACCGACGCCCGCAGAGAGGCGCCCCGUGGAGGAAGCUGAAAUGGAAUGCCUAUAA